AUGAAUGGGAAAUUUUAAUAUUUUCCAGAUUUUCCAAAACCAUUAGAAAUAAAUAAUAAUAGGGAACAUCUUAAAUAAGGUUUUAAUGGAUUGUAUUAGGAGUAAGUAUAAAUUUAAAUAUUUUAGAAUUUAAGCUCUAUUUUCGAGUAAAUUUGUAAGAGAAUUAAAUGGAGAAUUAGAUACUAAUGCAGAUGAAGUUGUUCUUUUUUUAGAGACUGCUGAAAAUAUUUAAUUAUUGAUGCCAUAUUUUUUUGAUCUAAAUAAAGCAAUAGUAGAAUUUUAUGCAACAAUAAUUUCGACAUCUGUUGAUAUUUUAGAAACCGAUUAUUAGAAAUAUUUAAUCUAUUAUAUUAUAUUUGGAAUAGUAGCUUCAACUAUUUUAUUUUCUGUGGUAAUAUAUGCAACUAGAAAAUUAUAAAGAUAAAUAAGAGCAAUUAGAUAGGCAUUGAUAUUAUUACCACAUGAAAGUUUAUUGGAUGUAUAAGUUUAUAAUGCAAUAAAGAGAUUUGAGUAAAAGAUGUGA